AUGCCCUAUUGCAGAUCACAUUCUCGAGACCAUUUCUUCGGCGUGGAGGGCGGCUGCUGCGGUACUGGGGAAAAGGGAGGGUUGGGUCUUCAACCAGAACUUGAAGCAAUCAUCUUAAAAAACGCUGGGCCCGGAUUUCAACGUGACCGCCCACCAUCGGCUUAUCAAGAACGUCCCGAUGAUCGAGCAGCGUAUUACGAUCGUCAAGGGGACCGUGCAGGAUAUCAGCAACGCGAGGCUGAUCGACCAGCGUAUCGUGAACGCCCAGCCUAUCAGGAACGUUCAGCUGACCGCCCAGCAUACCAGGACCGUCAAGGUGACCGCUCAGGUUAUCAACGUCAAGAUGAUCGAUCAGGACACCAGGAACAAGUUCCAACCUACCAGCAACCACGUGGAUCAUCACAGAAUGUCGGUAGUAGACCGUAUUCAAGAGAUCCAGAGAGCGCUGGAAAACGCGGUCUUACACAGAGAAUGCAAAGACUGGAUAUUGGUGUAUCUUCUGCCUCAGCAGGGGGAGGAGAUCAACCCCCUUCAUCACGUGCAACUGCAACACGUGGUCGUCGCUCAGCACAAAGUGAUAUAGUUCGAACACGACCAGCCCAUGUAGGAAGCAAAAGAGGGUCAACUGGUCAAAGAGUUAUGCUCACUGCAAAUUAUUAUAAAUUGGAAACACACACUGACUGGUGUCUGUAUCAGUAUCGUGUGGAUUUUUCUCCUGAUGAAGACAGAACUCAGAUUCGAAAGGCACUUUUAAGAAAUCAUCGUUCAUCUCUCGGAGGUUACAUUUUUGAUGGCACAGUUAUGUUCACAAGUCACAGGUUAACAAGUGAGGCUUCACGACCCAUGGAACUUGUAACAAAACGGCAAUCAGAUGAUGAGAAAGUUGUGAUCACAAUUCGUCAGGUGGGAGAUUUAGCAUUAGGAGACUACCAUUAUCUUCAAUUCUUCAACAUUCUAAUGCGAAAAUGUUUGGCUCAUUUAAAUCUGCAAUUAGUGGGUCGCAAUUUUUUUGAUCCAAAGGCCAAGGUUGAGGUUCGAGAGUAUAAGUUAGAAUUAUGGCCAGGUUAUGUUACAUCCAUACGACAACAUGAAAACAGUAUUUUGAUGUGUUCAGAAAUCACACACAAAGUUAUGAGGCAGGAUAAUGUUUUGGAUUUAUUGACAGAAUGUGUUAAGAAAGGAGAAAGAGAUUUCCAACGAAUUUUCCAACAGGCCAUAAUUGGAUCAGUAGUCCUAACUGAUUACAAUAAUAGAACCUACAGAAUUGAUGAUGUUGAUUUCAGAGUAUGCCCAGACUCAAAAUUUAAAUUGCGUAGUGGUCAAGAAAUCUCCUACAAGCAGUAUUACAGAGAAAAAUAUCAAAUUAACAUCACUCAAGGAGAUCAACCAAUGUUGAUUUCUCGAACAAAGCCCAGAGAACGUCGUGCAGGUAUGUCUGAAAUGGUUUAUUUGGUACCAGAACUCUGUCGUUUGACUGGGCUGACAGAUGACAUGAGAGCAAAUUUCAAUUUAAUGAGGGCUCUGGCAGAACAUACCAGAGUGGGUCCUAAAAUGCGUGUCCAGAAAUUGCUCAAUUUUGGAAGACGACUUCGAAGUGAGGAAAGCAUUAUGGAGGAUUUGCAAGAGUGGAACAUGAGAUUGAGUGAAAAUCUUGUGCAAUUUGAGGGCCGUGUCCUCCCACGUGAGAGAAUCAUACAGGGCCAUUCAAAGUAUGAUCCCAGUCAAGAAACAGAUUGGACCAGAGAUCUUAGAGGUCAGCCAAUGCUAACUAAUCCUCGACUUGAGAACUGGGCAGUCAUAUGUCCAAGUAGAAGCAAGAGGGAUGGGCAGACAUUUGUGGCUUCUUUGAUCAAGGCAGCUUCUGGAAUGCAUUUCACAAUCCCAAAUCCAUUUAUGCAUGAAAUUCAAGAUGAUCGUGCAGCUUCUUAUGUAGAUGCAUUGGAAAGGGUUAUUUCAAGUAAAAAUCCACAACUUGUAAUGUGCAUUGUGCCAAACAAUCGUUCAGAUCGGUAUAGUAGCAUUAAAAAGAAAUGCUGUGUUGAAAGAGCAGUUCCAACCCAAGUGAUUCUUCAAAAGAAUUUAACAAGUAAGGGGGUAAUGUCAAUUGCUACAAAAGUGGCAAUACAAAUGAACUGCAAAAUUGGAGGUGCACCAUGGACUCUAGAAAUUCCUCUAUCAGGGCUGAUGGUUGUUGGUUUUGAUGUCUGCCACGACACUACAAGCAAAGGCAAAAGCUUUGGAGCAGUUGUGGCAUCUCUUGAUAAAACAUUGAGUCGUUAUUUCAGUGCAGUGUCACCUCAUACUACAGGAGAAGAGUUGUCUAAUGAUUUGUCCAUAAAUCUCUGCAGCAAGUAUUUUAUUAUAUAUGAUAUACUAGUUCAUUUCUUUCAAAAAUUAAUUUCAAGUUAUUUCCAUUUUUUCAUGGACUACAAUGAUGGUCACUUACCUCAACGCAUUGUUGUUUAUCGUGAUGGUGUUGGAGAGGGUCAGAUUCCUUAUGUAUUCCAGCAUGAAGUAACCCUGAUGAAGGAAAAGUUGGGUCAAAUGUAUCAAAAAUCAGGACAAGAGCUGCAUAUGGCAUUCAUCAUUGUUACAAAGCGAAUCAACACAAGAAUUUUUCUGCAAGACAAUAAUCCACCACCUGGAACAGUGGUUGAUGAUUGCAUAACAAUGCCUGAAAGGUAUGAUUUCUUUUUAGUCUCUCAGUCUGUGCGACAAGGAACUGUGAGCCCUACAUCAUACAAUGUCAUUAGUGAUAAUCUUGGAUUGGAUCCUGAUAAACUACAAAGGCUUACAUACAAACUCACUCAUCUCUAUUACAAUUGGAGUGGGACCGUUCGAGUUCCAGCUCCUUGUCAGUAUGCUCAUAAAUUAGCAUACCUUGUGGGCCAAGCACUGCAUCGGGCACCAAAUGCUCAACUGGAAGAUGUUUUGUAUUUCCUUUAAGAGUCUAUAUUUUGUUAUUUGCU